AUGGGUCAACAAGUGGGCCGUGAGGCAGACGCUGGUGCGGCGCCCCGGUUCCGCCAUGUCAUCGAGCGCAGCCAAGAAUUAUCCAAUAUGCGCCUCACCAGGGAUUCGCCCCUUCUACAGACGAAGGCACAGCUGUCACGGCGUUCUGAGGAGCCGGCAGCAGAUCGGAUCUCGUCCAAAACGCGCGUCGAUGACGGCUAUGUCGUGCGACAGGGCAUCUACGCUGCCCGUUCUGACUAUGACGACCAGACAGUGCGCAAACUCAUUGUCGAGCGCAAGUUGAGCCCCUUUUUUCCCGGCGCAGAGGACGAGGACGACCUCCCCGUGACGAGCGUUCGAUCGGAAUGUCCGAUCUGCUUCCUGUACUUUCCUACGGCAUUAAACCAUGCGCGAUGCUGCUUGCAGCCCAUAUGCACUGAGUGCUUUGUACAGAUCCAACGGGUUGACCCAGCCACGCAUGUUCCCCCUACCUCCCAGCCGGCCGCGUGCCCCUUUUGUGUGACGUCAGAUUUCGGGGUUGUAUACCAGCCAUCCAAGCAGGGCACUGGGAUGGAUGCACAAGCAGCGAUUGAGCAUGCCGCGACGGCGAUCGGCACGGGUGGCGCGCAGGCGCAGGGCCGUGCGUCGUUUGCGGCCGACGAUCCUCGUGUGGUGCUAGUUGGUACGUGCACCGCCACACUGACCCAGACCACAUUCACUCGAACUGGAAGGACAAGCUAG